AUGGCUAACCGCCUUCACAGUCACGGCCUGCAUGAGGACGACAACCAGGAUCAGAUCGGCUCCAAAAGUCCCAGUCCGACGGGAGUCGCUACACCGCAACCCGAUCCUUCAGACAAGCGUCUGCCAUCCAUAAUGCACAACUUCCUUCAGGUUGGUGUUCCCUUUGGUCAUCAAUCCAACCCCUCCAAACCACGGACCUUUCCUUCUGAGACUCCUACCUCCGCGUACUCUGUACAGUCGAAUGCGCCUGCGACGAGGACGUGGGAUCACCGAAGUUCCGGCCAUUCUUCCCCCUCCCCGUCGGGGUCUUAUGUCAUGACGGGACGCGAUGCGGCUUCGGAGAUGAAGUCGUCGCUCGCUGCCCGAGACAAUCACUUUGUCACGCCAGAGAACCUGCCCCCGACGAAUCUACCUACUCCCCCUUACUGCUCCGCAUCUUCCCUUCUCCAGAAAGACUCGGACGAGGCGGAAUUGGGGUCCUCGGGCCCGGACAAGAGCGUGGGCUCGAUCUUUAAUGCGUUGAAGAACUAUCUCUCUCCUUCGGGCAGCUCCUCCCCUGAACCUCCCGCCCGCCGUCACACCUCUCACCCAGUCUCUAGCGUCUCUGGCGAUCCAGUCCUUGCCUCCCACUUCUCCAAUCCUACCCUCUCGUGUACUGCAGAUGCUUUGUGUUUGCCGGACACCCCCCUCUACGACCAUGAGAAGCCACAUGUUUCUACGUCUUCUGAGAACCUUGCGAAGCUAACUGGAAAUGUGUCUGAUCUGUCGCAUCUAAAGAAUACGCCCCCUCUCACACCGCGGGCCAUGUCCAACGAUGGUUCUCAAGCCGAUAAGAAACCCGACACCACGCCACCCACGUCGGAGCCCACGCAACCCGACCCCGUCGCCAAGUCCACCGACGAGAUCGCGGGCAAACUCAAUGAAGCCUUUCCAUCUCCGUCCGAGAGUCCUCAACCGGAUGGCCCGCCCGUUGGCUCGCUCAAGGGACAGCUUUACGUCAAUAUCUCUCAGGCUCGGGGACUCCGACCUGGUUUCGAUCCCUACGUGGUCUGCGUGUUUGAAUGGAACGAAUGCAUCUCGAAAAGUGCCCAGGACGAAGAGGAAGCCUCGCUCGAACGCCAGCAAAAGGAACAAGAAAAGUCGGAGCUCGAGGCCGGUCGACCCAUGGCCAUUCCCAUGAAGAGCCGUCAGAGCAGCAACAACAGCGCCCUCGACGGCCCUGACCACAGAAGCCGGGCCCCCGUUACCGACCCCCACUGGAACCAUGAAGCUACCUUUGAUGUGCUCGGUGACCAAUCCGAGGUCGAUGUUUCGGUGUAUGACCGUAAGGACCAAGAGGCGUUCUUGGGUCACGUGCGACUCUGCGUUAACCUCAAUGAAGAUAACAGCCGGCUGGAAGGAUGGUUCCCGUUGAAGGCCCGGGGAGCCGGUGAUUCGCAAGUGUCUGGCGAAAUUCACAUGGAAAUGCGGUUUGAGAAGACGGAGAAGAAGCAGGUGGGCCCUAAUGACUUCCAGAUUCUGAAGCUUAUCGGCAAGGGCACGUUCGGACAAGUCUACCAAGUCAAGAAGAAGGAUACGCGCCGAAUCUACGCCAUGAAGGUCCUGUCGAAGAAGGUGAUUAUCCAGAAAAAGGAGGUUGCUCACACCCUCGGGGAACGAAACAUUUUGGUCCGAACCGCAAUGGCAGCGUCUCCCUUCAUCGUCGGCCUCAAGUUUUCCUUCCAGACCCCCACGGAUCUCUACCUAGUGACGGACUACAUGUCGGGCGGCGAAUUGUUUUGGCAUCUGCAGAAGGAGGGGCGCUUCCAAGAAGCUCGCGCCAAAUUCUAUAUCGCCGAGCUGAUCUUGGCUCUCCAACACCUGCACGAGCACGACAUCGUCUACCGCGAUCUCAAGCCGGAGAAUAUUCUACUCGAUGCGAACGGCCAUAUCGCGCUCUGCGAUUUCGGGCUGUCCAAGGCGAAUCUCACCCAGAACGACACCACCAACACGUUCUGUGGUACAACGGAAUACUUGGCUCCCGAGGUGCUACUCGACGAGCAAGGAUACACCAAGAUGGUUGACUUCUGGUCGCUCGGCGUCCUUGUCUUUGAGAUGUGCUGCGGCUGGAGUCCGUUCUACGCCGAGGAUACGCAGCAGAUGUACAAGAACAUCGCUUUCGGUAAGGUUCGGUUCCCGCGAGAUGCUCUCAGUACGGAAGGACGGAAUUUCGUCAAGGGCUUGUUGAACCGGAACCCCAAACACCGACUCGGAGCCAAGGGCGAUGCCAAAGAACUCAUGGAGCACCCGUUCUUCCACGACGUUGACUGGAAAGCCUUGUGCCGGAAGGAAGUCAUCCCUCCCUUCAAGCCGAAGCUCAAGUCCGACACGGACACCUCCAACUUCGAUCCCGAAUUCACCAAUGCUCUCAAUGCCUCGUUGAACGACCGAGCGGCUGCCGUGGCCAACGGGUUUAUGACGGCCUCGACACCGCUCUCCCCCGGCAUGCAGGCCAACUUUAAGGGCUUUACGUUUGUGAACGAGAGCUCGAUUGACCAUCACAUGAAGAACGAGCCCGGCGACCACAUGGACGAGGACACGGAAACGUGGCAACGAUCCCACCGCAAGCAGAACUCGACGGACCACCGCAUGAGUGGCGUCCAGAAGACCCACGACGGCGCCGAGCCGGGCAUUUUCAACGUUGAUGAUAACUUUGACAUGUGA